AUGUAUACACUUAUUAUUAUUACUAUUUGCAUUAUUUUAUUACAAUUUAAUAAUUUAUUAUCUCAAUCAAACUAUGGAAGUAUUUUUCCAAUUCCAUUGAUUAUAUCAAAUGAUGAUCCGAAUUUUCAAGAAUGUCCAGUUGAAAAUGGACUCUAUGCUCAUUCAACAAAUUGUUCACUCUUUCAUAUGUGUACUCUCAAUAGUCAUACUAUUUAUACAUGUAUUGAUGGAUUCUUUUUCAAUCCUAGUAACGGUCAAUGUCAACCUAUCCUCAUUGAAAACGAAGUUAAAUGUGAAAUAAUUCUUCAGAAAAUGAUGGAUACAAAUCGUUUUGCAUUUAUUGAAUCUGUUGGAGAUUAUAAUUCUUAUUAUCGACGAAAAUCAUCUGUAUCACAAUGUACUCAAAUUGGAAUCUAUGCUGAUAUACUCGAUUGUUCUUUAUUUCAUUAUUGUCGUAAACAUAAACAUCAUGAAAUAUAUAAAUGUCCAAAUCAACUACAUUUCGAUCCAAAAACAUUCAUGUGUUCAGCUCCUGAAUUAGUGGAUUGUCAGUAUGAACCAUUCAUAAAACCGAGAGAUAAGUCUGAUAAAAUCUGUCGUGAUCAUCCACCUGGAACUUAUUUACCUGUGAUAAAUCGUUUUGAUAUGUAUAUCAUAUGUGGAAAUGAAGGUCGAAGUAUUCCAAUGCGAUGUCAAUCUGGUUUUAUUUAUAAUGCAUUGACAACAGCUUGUGAAAAAGGACCUUGUACAUUUGAUUCAACCCUAUGUAAAAAUGAAGGACAAUGUGUUGAUGAUCCUACAAUUGAAAAAGGUUUUAAAUGUAUAUGUUCAAAUCAAGAUCAAGGAGAAUAUUGUGAGAUUAAAGGUAUACAAGAACUAACAACUGAAGAAGUUUAUAUCAAUGAAAUAGUAAAGCAAAAUUCACAUGAUCGUAUUUCAAAAAUUAUAUUCGAUGAAACAACACAUUUACCAUAUACUAAAAAAUUAAAUUUUCAUCGAAAUCAUCAAGCUCAACAAACUAAAAAAUAUUCAAAUAAUAUUCGAGAAAAUCAACCAUUUUUCGAUUCAAAUUUGGAACAACAAUUAAAAAUUCAACAAUUCAUCAAAAUAGUACUUAUCAUUGGUGUAACUUUAAUUGGCCUUGUUUUAUUUGGAGCCAUUGUUUUUGGUAUCGUCACAUUAAUUCGAAUUAUAAUUUAUUCGCCCAUCGAAAAUCUUAAUCAAUGGAAAACAUUACAUGAAGAAUCAAAUAUUUAA